AUGAGGAGGAGCUUACCCUCUGUGUCUUUUUUUCUGGUCCAUAUUCUUCUUCUAUCCUGUAUUCUUCUCACACCAACACUUUCCUCUGAUGGAGAUGGUGACGAUGAUGGUGAUUUGGUGGACCAGAUAUGCCGAAAGACUCCAUUUUAUGAUCUCUGCAGCUCCAUCUUACACUCAAAUCCCUUGGCCCCCAAAAGUGAUCCAAAGGGUAUGGCCCUCAUAAUGGUGAAUGACAUUCAGGCAAAUGCUACUGACACACUGAGUUACAUUGAAGACUUGAUCAAGCAAACCUCAGAUGAAGAAUUGGAGCAACAACUUGCUUUCUGCGCAGAGUCAUACAUCCCAGUUGUGAAGUACAUUCUCCCACAAGCAGCUGAUGCCAUAAGCCAAGGUCGAUUUGGGUUUGCCAGUUACUGCAUCGUUGAUGCUCAGAAGGAAGUAAAUGCCUGUGACAAGAAAUUUUCUGGCUCAUCUCAGGCACCCUUAAGUGAUAGAAAUGACAUUAUGCAGAAGUUGGUGGAUGUGGCUGCAGCCAUAGUUAAACUACUAUUAAAUGGUUGAUUAGUUUUGAUUUCUUGUAGCAUUUAGUAAUU